AUGGAGCUCGUCCAGGACCUGUUUCUGACGGCGUCGCUGGCUCUGAUCCUCUCGUUCCUCGUCGCCAAGCUUGUCGCCAUGGCGGUUGCUGGCCGGGAAUCUGAGGCGGAGUUCGGGGAGCGUGGGGAUGCUGGCGGUGAAAGAGUUGGUGCGGAGGAGGUCAGCUUCGAAGAGAGGAGGCUGAAAGUGGAAGGUGCUUUUCGCUGUCAGAGUCAGAGGAGCGUGGACUUUGUUGGAGAAUUGAAUGUCGUUCGAUUCGAAGGGGAAACGGUUCAUCGGGCUGAGGAGAUUGCAGAGCCACUGCAGGAUCGUCGAAAAGGCCGCGGAUUGCCAGAGGAGGUGUUGGAGGAAGAGUCGGUGGAGGUUAGAUUGCCGGAGAAGUCGUUAGGGGCGGUUGGAUUGCCGGAGAAGUCGUCAGCAGCGGUUGGAUUGCCUGAGAAGUCAUCAGCGGCGGUUGGAUUGCCGGAGAAGUCGUCAGCAGCGGUUGGAUUGCCGGAGAAGUCGUCAGCAGCGGUUGGAUUGCCGGAGAAGUCGUCAGCAGCGGUUGGAUUGCCGGAGAAGUCGUCGGAUGGCGGGGACAAGCUGUCGGUGGAGAAAGCGAUAGAGUUUGAUCGCGGAAGCUCGGAUAACAGCGAAGUGGAAGAAAUUGGCGCGAAAUCAGCAGGAAACGAAGUCGUUGCCGAUCAAUCGGAGGAGGUUAGGGUUGCGGAUUCCGAUGAAGCUAAGGAGAAGACACACGUGGCGGCCAGUGAGUUUAAAUCGGGAAAUUUCAGCGACGAGGAUGAUUGGGAAGGGAUUGAGAAGAGUGAGCUGGAUGACGAAUAUGCUGCGGCGGUGAGAUCUGAGGGACACGAUUGAUCGGUUGGCGAAGGUCGGUGGCCAUGUAUGUGCAGGUAUCCAACGGCUCUCAACUGUUGAGAGUGUGGCAAGUGGUACUAGACUUUCUAUUAUCUCUCUCCCUCUGUUAAUAUAAUUAAUUUGUGUAGCUAUCCAUAUCUUUGUACUUGUUUUCACUUGUCUCAAUUCUGGAAGAUUAAUGGAAAUACAACCAAGAUAUCUAAAACACCA